AUGAUAUCAUUUAGACAUUUUAUUCAACUUAUUCUCUUAACUAUCAUACCACAUUUCAUUAUCUCUACCACUAUUCCUCAUACUUUUUAUUGUAAUCAUUAUGCGCCAAGUGCAGCUUCCUUUAAUACUUCAAUCGCUAAUGUAGCCUUGAAAGUUUCUGCACAACAAGGUCUAUGUGUAGAAAUUAGCAGUUCGGGUGAAUAUUCGAAUGGAAGCACAUUUACAGUCUUCAAAAUUACUUAUGCUAAGCCUAUUUGUUUUGGUGAUAUAGCUGGUGUUCAAGAUAGUAGAGGGAGUUCUGUUUGGUUCUUGUCUUCGAAAGGAUGGAUUUGGUCUGGCUUGACAAUGAAUCCAAAUUGA